AAGAGUAUUAAGAGCUACAGAGAUGGGAAGUAGAGGUAGUAAUCGUGUGGGAGAUAGAUGGAAUGAGAUGGGUUGUGAUGAGAAAUCGAGCGUGAUUCAGGAAGAGAUCAAAAGGGUUAGUAAGCUUCCUUCCAAUAGUGUUUAUGCAGUUCAUCGUCUCAAGGUUCUCAACAAAAUCAACGAGCUUUUAUCUGUUCAAAGAACGUUAUCUCAAGAGAGGGAGUUAGAGUUGCUCUUCACACAGCUCUCUCUGUAAAAUAUCCAAGAUUUUGAUGUACAAGGUUGUGCUGUGCCUCCGUUUCACAUUUCUUUUACGAAAAUGUGCUAUGUUAGAUUGGAUUUUACGUCUAUCUAUUUUACUAAUGUAAUUUUAACAUUUUACUAAAGAUUGCUGGUUGAUCAAUGAUACGGUGUUCCUUGGUUCUAAGUUUAUGUAUUACUUUAGUUCCUUAAGGACAUGUCUGUAUGUGUGGCACUUUGUAAUUAACCAUUUUAUCAGA